CGAAUGACUUUGAAAUUCAAAACCCUGAAACCUGAAAGAACCAAAGACAUUGUUUGCAUGUUUAAGUGUCAUAGCAGCAGAUUCUAAGUCUACAUGCUCACACGAGACGAGAAACCAUAUGCAGCAGCUUCAGAAACAUCUCAAAAUGUCAACACAGCUAAGCAUUAAGAGACCCAAGUCAUGCCGUCCCAUGGAUGUAAGACUGCUGAACCACAAAGAGGACGUCCAUCUUCAGUGGAAACUACACAACAUCAGAGCCAAAUACAGACUCAACCUCAGGCUGCUGGAGCAGGAACGAGAGCUAGUGCUAAAAGAGCACAAACGGCUGCUGAAUUUAAGGGUUUGUGAACCACGCGCAACCAUCAACAACACAAUGAGAGCCAUAUCAGAGGUCAGGAUGACAAACGAUGCGAACGAGACUCGAUUUUCAAAAUCCGCUCCAGCUUUCAGACCUCUAUCCUCGGUGAAAACAUAUGAGGAUGAUAAAGAACAGAGGUUUGCUAAAUCAGCAUCAUUCUCUGUCAAGCAAGAUGAUUCAUCUCCACCUAUGAUAGUCACAGAGAAAUUCAAAUCUUCAGAAAACGGUCAGCUUUCCAUUCUACAGCUGAAAGACCUGGCGUUGAUCGACAGCAUCUCCCAGAAAGAGCUGAUGUAUCGGGAAGAGUAUUACCGAUGGUAUAAAGAAAGACUGAAACAACUGCAGAGAGAAAAACUACAACAGAAAAUAAGGAGCUUUCUCAACUCUAUAGAGCAUUUGACAAUGUAUGCAUGA